AUGGAAAUCAAUGCUGCUAUUCAAGCCCUGAUUGCAUCAAAUUCUGCCCUGCAGAUGGAGAGUUUCCAGAAUACUGAAGUGACUUUAAUCAACCACAGUGCAGAGAUAUUCAAAACCCUAAACUACCUUAGCAGUUUACUGAGCAGCAUGAAGAACCCUCUUGGCACACGAGAUAACCCAGCACGGAUCUGCAGGGAUUUGCUCAGCUGUGAGUACAAGGUUUCAGAUGGAAAAUACUGGAUUGAUCCAAAUCUUGGAUGCUCUUCAGAUGCCUUUGAGGUUUUCUGCAAUUUUAGUGCUGGUGGCCAGACAUGUUUAUCUCCUGUUUCUGUGACAAAGCUGGAGUUUGGCGUUGGCAAAGUGCAGAUGAACUUUCUUCAUUUGCUGAGCUCAGAAGCCACCCACAUUAUCACCGUUCACUGUCUAAGUGCCCCAGGGUGGACAAGCACACAGGCAGAUGGGCCAGGAUUGCCUAUUAGUUUCAAAGGAUGGAAUGGUCAGAUUUUUGAAGAGAAUACUCUACUUGAACCCAAAGUCCUCUCAGAUGACUGCAAGAUUCAGGAUGGCAGCUGGCACAAGGCAAAAUUCCUGUUUCACACCCAGAAUCCUGAUCAGCUUCCUGUGAUUGAAGUCCAAAACCUUCGUCAUCUCAGAACUGAGCGAAAGCACUACGUUGAAAGCAGUUCCGUGUGCUUUCUCUAAAACCUCUGCAGCAGCUCAGCAGCCGGGCUGUGGGUCAGCUGAUUGAUUGGUGCAGAGGGGGAAAUGCAGACAGAAAAGCCUGUCAUUAUGAGAGGCCGAGGGAGACAACGGCUAAAUCUUAAGAAAUCUCAGGAAGAAAAGAUUUCCUCCCAAGGAGAGACGGCGUUUUUAAAGCACUAUGAUUGAUAGUAUAUUUAAUUCUCUUAAUUUUUUUUUUCUGAUCUGAGUUUUCGUAAAGACUUCCCUAGAACUGAAAAUGCAUAAACCGGGAAUCCUUGAGGGUGCCCUAUGCUUUCACCCGUUAGACAGCUGGAGCUGCGCGGCACCGUGGAGCAGUACUGGAUAUUGACCCAAACGGUGCGACGUUUCUGUCUAAAGCUUGCGAGCCAGUCAGUCUGUGGUUCCUUCUCUCCCCAAACCCUGAACUGUAUUCAGGUCCCCCACCUCUUAGCCGGCCCACACUACCUCUUCCAUGUUGCCUUUGUGUGUCGCCUGGUGCUGUUUCUCAAAACAGGGUGCUGUGGCUGUCUUACACUAUUUUCUUUCUUUCUUUAUCUUCGUCAUUAAGAGUGUAUGUGCUGGUUACAUCAAAAUAUGCCUUAAUUGUUAAUACUUGUUUCCAUUUGUUUGGCCUCAUGCUUAUUAACAAGUAAAGCUAUUUAUGCAAAGUCCUUAUUUUAUUUUAAAAUUCUCUUUAUGCACACGGAAUCAAAGCCAGCAUGUCAUAACUCCCGUGUAUACGCAAGAGAAUUGGGGUGUUUCUUUUGUUUUUUGUUUUCUUCUUUAAAUUGCUGUAAAAAGUCCCUUUGGCCACUGAUAUCCGGUGGUAAGUUUGGUUUAGAAACUGGGGUUUGUAACAUACUGUUUUACAACUCCAAGAUCAUCUGGAAUGAUAUUUUGUAUAUAUAUAUAAAUACUGUGUAAAGUUUUAAUUCAGCCAACCUUUUGAAAAUUGCUGCUGUUUUAAAUUAUAAAACUAUAUUUAUGCUUUAUAGAAAAUACUUCAUAGUACUCACUGAUUUUUCUUCUACUGUUCUUGAAUAUGGUGUUAGUGCUGAAAGGAAUUUCAUGGUCUUUAUAGCGGCAUCCAGGAUUGAGGAGGUCUCUUCCCACUGAAACUAAGCUCUGCCCAUUCAGUCUUUCCUUGUUGUCAGAGAAAUGUUAGUUCAAUAUUAAAAGAAAAAGAUAUAACUCUUGUCAUAUGGAUGAGCCUGUUGUUCAACCAUUACAAGCAUACCGUUAACCUCAGCAAACUACAUUUACCUAUCUAUAAUAAAGAGGUGCUUCAAAUCAUU